CCUCCCCUCUCCCAGAGUGGGCGGCCCCUCCCCUUUCUCUGAGUGGGCGGGGACAGCGGUUGCAUGGGCCGCUUUCUUUAUGAUGUCACAGGUCCCUCUGGACAUGCUGCUGCCUGGCCACACCUCCUUUCCCUUUCAUCUUUCGCACUGACCAAUGGGCUUGGAGUAUUAAGGCCACGCCCCUAUUCUGCGUUCUAGUGGGGCCCUGGUUACGCCUCCUGUGGCUCAGUCGCACAGCUGCCUGGUAGGUGACUGGAGGCAUUCAGCAGUGCUCACUGGGAUUUUGCUGAUGUGGCCCAAACCCUGCCUCCUUCCGCACCCCACGAUGUCAGAAAAAACACAACAGGGGAAAUUGGCUGCAGCCAAGAAAAAGCUAAAAAAAUUAUGGCAGAGGAAGAGCCCUGGCAUUCCAGGAGGAAAGCAAAUCAAUAGCAGUAGCCCUGAAGCAUCCACUUCUCGUGGUUACCACUCACCUGGGGAUGUGAGUCUUGGUGUGUACAGGGAGGGCCCUGCAUCAUCUACCCUGAAGGAUCUAGAGAGCCAGUACCAACUAGAGGCAGCCCUGGAUUCAAGCUCCACAAUAAUCGGCCAACUCAGCGAAAACAUCAAUUCACUGGGAAGAGCUCCUCGCACGUCGAAGAAGGGGAAGCAUCCAUUACAGAAGCUCUCCAGGAGCUUGUUCAAGUUAAAACACCAGACGGCAGGGCCCUCUGAGGUGGAGCAGCUACAGGAGGAGGCCAGCCUCCUAAGGAAGGAGCUGGAGAGCAUGGGAAGACAGCUACAGGCCGAGGUGGAAAACAAGAUAUUGACUCUCCUGAACACCAGACUGGAGAAGUGUCUCCGUAAUCAGGAGAAUAGGAUACGUCAAACAGAGGAGGAGAUAUGUGAAUUGGACAACAACUUAUGUGAAUGGGAGGAGAGGAUAUGGGAAAAGGAGGAGAGGAUAUGUGACUGGGAAGCGAGGCUACGUGAAAAGGAAGAGAGGCUACGUCAGUGGGAAGAGAGGCUGCGUCAGCAGGAGGAGCCGCCAGGGCAGGAGAGGCCGCGGGAGUUGGAGAGGAUGCUGGAGCCGGAGUGGGAAGCCCUCGAUGAGGAGUGCAACGAGCCAUCCAGCGCCUCGGAGGACCUGGUGCGUUGCCCCACCUGGGGAGGCUGCCCUCUUCCCUAG